GAGAGAGAGAGAGAGAGAGAGAAUAUUUUCCUUUAACCUACCAGCAGCCAACUACACAAUGCCGAGCAAAAUCAUGUUUUCUGAUUCCAUCCAUCCCCGCCGACGCCUGUCCUUGUCCUCCGCCUUCAAUGUAUUCUGCGUCUCUAGCGGAAUCCUCGGGUUCCUUUUCGGAAUUAUGACUUUGUACAACAACAACAUCAACUUCGGACUGACUUCUUGGGAUCACAACGGGAUUGUGGGCGGCUCCAUCGCAGGAGCACCCGAUAUUGUCGACAGGCACAGGGUGCUGGCGUUCGUAGGGGUGCAAACGGGGUUUGGAUCGACGGGAAGGAGGAGAGCUCUUCGACAGACUUGGUUCCCUUCCAAUCCUCAGAGCCUUCGCCAGCUUGAAGAAUCGACGGGUCUGGCGUUCCGAUUCGUGAUCGGGAAGACCGGCGACGAAGCUAAGACGGAGGCCCUCAAACGAGAAGUCGAAGAGUUUGGCGACUUCUUGAUGUUGCAAGACCUCGAGGAGGGAUACAGCAAUUUACCAGCCAAGACCUUGUCGUUUUUCAGAGCAGCAUACGACGCGUACGACGCCGAGUUUUAUGUGAAGAUGGAUGAUGAUAUUUAUUUGAGGCCGGAUCGUCUUUCUGUUCUCCUGGCGAGACAUCGCCCCCGCCCCCUUACCUAUAUCGGAUGCAUGAAUAAGGGUCCGGUCUUGACCGACCCAGAGCAGAAGUGGUAUGAGCCGCAGUCGAAUCUUCUCGGACGCGAAUACUUCUUGUACGCUGGUGGUGGUAUCUACGCGCUGUCGUAUGAGGUGGUGGAGGAUCUGGUUAGCUUGAGAAGGGACACCGUUCGACUGUUCAACAAUGAGGAUGUGACGAUCGGAGCGUGGAUGCUUGCUAUGAACGUCUAUCACGAGGAUGACCGAGCACUGUGUGAGCCUGAAUGCACGCCGUCGUCGAUAGCGGUUUCUGAUAGUAUGUGCUCGGGGCUGUGCAAUCCGGAGGUGAAGAUGUUAGAGCUCCACAAAAAAGAAAUAUGCUCUAGCAAUCCUGGUUUGUAAUCUAUUAAAUAAUAAGUUUUUUUUUUUAAUUUUAAGUAUGGUGAAAAGGCAGACAGAUUUUGUAUUGAGAAAAAAAGGGUAAAAAGUUAUUUGAGA